AUGGGCAAUGGAAUGAACAAGGUGCUGCCCGGUCUUUACGUGGGAAACUACCGGGAUUCAAAGGAUACUGUCCAGUUGGACAAGUACAAGAUCACGCACAUACUGUCCAUACACGACGCAGCGAGAAGAUUACAUUCCGAUAAACACUACUUGUGCAUAAUGGCAUCAGAUUCUCCUGACCAAAAUCUGACGCAAUACUUCAGCCUGUGCAACGACUUUAUACACGCGGCAAGACUGAGAGAUGGCAACGUUUUAAUACAUUGCCUAGCCGGGAUGUCACGCAGCGUGACUGUAGCUGUAGCCUACAUCAUGUCGGUCACUCCGCUCAAUUGGCGAGAGGCUCUGAAAGUAGUUCGAGCUGGCCGCGCUGUUGCCAACCCGAAUCUCGGCUUCCAAAGGCAACUUCAAGACUUCGAAACUUAUAAACUUGUUGAGGAACGAAGACGACUGAAGGAGCGAUACCCGUCCUUGGCAUUAGCAGACAGAGAUUUGUCAGAGUGCCGUGUUAUGCUAGACUCUUAUCAGACCAUGCUGAAUCAACGAACUAUCUGCGAAGGAAAAUGCUCCAUGGGACGACAGUGCCCCACUGGGGUAUGCAGAACAGGAUCGAAGAGACAACCGCGGCUGAGGAAGCCGUCAGUUGCCGCAGGCUCUGGGGAAAAUCCCAUGAAACGAUCACCUUCCACUCUUUCUACUACGUCUAGUACUUCGGGUUAUCGGCCAAGGUCUUCGCCUGCGGGUCUAUAUAGUUAUACUGGAGCACGAUCGCGUCCAUCACGCUCGGCGUCAGGAUUGAGCGUGACUCGCGUGACAGAUCCCGUAGGGGGCGGCACGGCAAUGGCAGUAGGAGGCACGGAGUACUCCCGACGGCGCGCCGCUUCGGCGCCUGCUACUCCUGCACUCUCACCCGCCUCCUCACCGCCCGGAUCUCCGAACAGACCACCUCAUAGGCCUGGCUGUGCUUGGGUGAUACCUACUGUGAAGUGGGACCCCGACUCGUUGUGA